AUGUUUACACCUGAGACAGACCUUAACGAUACAGAGAAAUUGACUUGGGACGCUAAACAUAUACCCCUCAGCGUGAGUGUCUGUUCCAACGUUCCAGACUACGACCAACCAAAGUGUUUUGUCUCAGAUGGGGACUCUAAACUGCUCGUCAAAGAGAUGUUAGAACACCUCGUAAAAAUCAGUGAACAAAGUAAUGACCUGUUAAGAAAAGAGUUUAACUUUCUUUUUGAAGCCAUCGACCAAAAGCUGCAAGACCUACAGCAAAAAUCAGAAGCUGGUGACCCUUCAAAAACAAACGCAGUAGAAGACCUCACCCAGGAAGAUAGCGAUGAUGAAGGAGAAGAUCUCAUGGACACAGAUAAUGAAGAGGAAGAAGAAAUCGAGUCUGAAACCGAAGAAGAUCGUGUCUUUAUUGAUGAUGACGUAGAAGAACAAGGUGCCUCGUUUUACAGGGCCUUAGAUCGCGAACAAGAGGAUCAGAGUGAGAAUGAUCACGAGUGUGAAUAUGACAGACCAGAGGACAACAGCCCAGAACCUAAGAAGAAAAAGUGCACCCUUUAA